UGUCAACGAGAGGACGGCUGACCGCAGACAUGUCAGCCAACCUCACCGGUUCCAACCAAACCGCGCUCCCGAACACUGACUACAACUUUCCGGCUCUGGUCUUCGGGAUAUUGCUCAUUGUCGUUAUCAUUUGUGGGAAUCUGCUGGUGUGCCUUAGUGUUUACACGGAAAAAGCUUUAAAAACUACGACCAACUACUUCAUAGUCAGUUUGGCUGUUGCAGACCUGCUGUUGGCUGUACUGGUGUUGCCACUCUUCGUUUACGCGGAGUUUCAGGGUGGUGUGUGGGCCCUCAGCAUGCUCAUCUGCGAUGGACUGAUGACAAUGGAUGUGAUGCUGUGCACUGCCUCCAUAUUUAACCUGUGUGCCAUCAGCAUCGACAGGUUCAUCGCCGUGUCCAUCCCGCUGAACUACAACCGCCGGCACGUGGACCAGCGGCAGGUUCUGCUCCUCUCCCUCACCUGGGUCUCCGCCCUGGCGGUGGCCUCGCCCGUCAUCUUCGGCAUCAACGACGUGCCGGGGCGGGACCCGGCGUCCUGCCGGCUGGAGGACGACCGCUACGUGGUGUACUCCUCCGUGUGCUCCUUCUUCCUGCCCUGCCCCAUCAUGCUGCUGCUGUACUGCGGGAUGUUCCGGGGCCUGCGGAGGUGGGAGGAGGCGCGGCGGGCCAAGCUGAGGAGCGGGGGCGGCGGAGGCGUUCAGGGCAGGAGCAAACUGCAGCGGGCCGUCACGCUGCCCCGCCUGACCGCGCCGCCCCCGUCCCCCGACAUCCAGCGUACCCCCCACCGGCCCUCCGACCUCAAGCUGGAGGAGCUGGUGCGCUACCCCACCGCGCCCGGCUGCCCCUUCCCUCCCCCGGGGUAUAAGGACGGCCCCAUACACACCCUGGCCUACCCCGACAGGUGCUACGCCCACCCCCACGGACACCUGAAAAAGAAACGCGCCAAAAUCAACGGCAGGGAGAGGAAGGCCAUGAAGGUGCUGCCUGUGGUUGUGGGUGCGUUCCUGUUCUGCUGGACGCCCUUCUUCGUGGUCCACACCACGCGGGCACUCUGCCGGUCCUGCGACAUCACGGCCCAGCAGAUGAGCAUCGUCACCUGGCUGGGCUACGUCAACAGCGCGCUCAACCCCAUCAUCUACACCGUCUUCAACACCGAGUUCCGCAACUUCUUCCGCAAGUUCCUGCGCAGCUUCUGCUGA